AGUUGGAGAUGUCUUCUCCUGAAGAAUCACACGCCGCUGAUGCUGAGUCGCUGUUAGCAAGAACUGAGAUGGGUGGACAUGAAACCACAGAAUCAAAAGAUGAGCAGGAAAAAGUAGUGGAUGAGAUAGAUCCACCACAGAAGGCAACCAGGGCAAAGAAAUCUGUCGUUUGGCGGUUCUUCGAGGAAGUUAAAGUCCCGUCAAAGAAAAGGAAAGGUGAGACUGAAAUAAAAGGUAAGUGCAUGGCAUGUGGAAGCCUAUUUGCAAAGACGGCCAGUGGCACUACCUCUCACUGGAUGAGGCACUUGAAUACAUGUGAUCUGCACAAGCACAAUGAAAAAUCGAAGCAGCAAAAGAUUAUCAAUUAUCGAACUGAAGAAGAAGAGGAAGUUGAAGGUGAUGUUGAAACUCCUGCUGUUGUUAAUCCUGGUCAUUGUGAUAAUGCAAAAAUUCGUGAAAUUAUUUGCAAGCUUAUCAUUGUUCAUGAUAUGCCUUUUCGUCUUGUGGAAUACAAAUGGUUUAAUAUUUUGAUGAAGGCAUUAAAUCGUGGUUACAAGAAGAUGUCUAGAAAUACUAUUAGAAGUGAAUGCAUGAAGCUCUAUGAAUCUGAAAAGGACAUAUUGAAGAAGUAUUUCAAAAAUGUUAAGAAGAUAAGCCUCACAUGUGAUCUUUGGACAUCUAAUCAGACAAUCUGCUAUAUGAGUCUAGUUGCCCACUAUAUUGAUGCUGAUUGGAAUAUGCAUUGCCGUAUCAUUAACUUUAUUGAGCUAGAACCUCCUCAUAGUGGUGUGGUGAUUUCAAAUGCUUUGUAUGACUGUUUGGCUGAAUGGAAGAUUGAGGACAAAGUUGCUAGUAUCACGUUUGACAAUGCUGCGAGUAAUGAUCUGGCUGUCAAGUUCUUGCUUGCUAAGUUCAAAAAUAGAAAGGCUCUUUGGUUUGAAGGCAAAUUUCUGCAUGUUAGAUGUUGUGCUCACAUUCUGAAUCUGGUUGUCCAAGAUGGUCUUAAGAUGAUUGAACAUUUGACUGAUAAAGUUAGGGAGACUAUCAAGUAUAUCAAGAAAUCAAACAAUCGGUUCUAUAAGUUUCAGAAUGAUAUUGAUUCUCUCAACAUUGGGCGUAGUAAGGGAAUGGUUCUUGAUUGCUGCACUAGAUGGGGUUCAACCUUCAAGAUGCUUGAUUCUGCUUUCCAUUAUAGAGCAGCAAUUGAUGCUUAUGCUUCAGGAGAUGCAAACUAUAGGUGGCAGCCAUCCGAGGAAGAAUGGUUGUUGUAUGAACAAGUGAAUUCUAUCCUUGGCGUUUUUCAUGAAGCUACGAAGGCAUUUUCUGGUUCAACUUACCCGACCUCUAAUCUUUUCUAUCCUCACAUUGUCAACAUUAAGAAGAUACUUUGUGGGUUGAAGAAAUCAAAGGAGGAAUGCCUUGCAGCAAUGGCAGAUGCAAUGGAGGAUAAGUUUAACAAGUAUUGGGGGCCUGAAUGCAACACAUUGUUUGCUAUUGCUACAAUUCUUGAUCCAAGAUAUAAGAUGGAUAUGAUUAAAUACACAUUUCCUUCUUUAUAUGCAGAAAGUAAAGUUGCUGAAAAACUAACAUCUGUUGAGGCUACUUUGCAUGAAUUGUAUGCUUUAUAUGAAUCUGAAAAUAACAAAAGCAUGUCAACAUCAGCUAGUAAUGGGUCCACUUCUCAGUGCACCAGUACAUCUGCUGGUAGUUCUAAUACGGCUUUCUCUAUUACUAGCCAAUAUCAAGAGUAUAUGAAAGCCAAGAAGGCAUAUCAGCCCUCAAAGUCAGAUUUGAAGAAGUAUUUGGAUGAUGAUGUUGAGAAUAUUCCUGAUGAUAAAUUUGAUAUACUUGGUUGGUGGAAGAUGAAUGAACUAAAGUAUCCGUUAGUAGCAAAGAUGGCCAGAGAUAUCCUCACUAUUCCCAUUACUUCAGUCUCAUCAGAGUCGGCUUUUAGCACCGGUGGUCGAGUGAUUGAUGACUACCGUAGCUCUUUGCUCCCAUCGACGGUGCAAGGUUUGGUCUGUACCUCAAGUUGGAUUAGAGGAGGCCACCACAAAGAGAAGGAUGUGGAGGAUGAUGCCAAUUCUAUCCCGCUGGUAUUAGUUGAAGCAGAUUCCAUAGUGGGCAGUAAUUAGUCACUUCGGAGAUAUGGUACCAUUUUCUAUGAAUAAGUAAAUAAAGGUGAUCCUACCAGAUGGAGUGGAAACUGAAGCUGGCAGCAACGUCCUUGCACUUCUCUAGAAGCUGGAAGCCACGACAUGUAGUUGCACAUCUCUCUGGAUUAUUGAGUGAUCUCUUAGUAUUGCAGUAUUGCUACGUGGGACUUCCACAUAUAUAUUAAGAUUGUGUUUAUUAUGCAAUUUAGCCGUAUUGCCGUAAGAGUGCUACUAAGAUAUUUGUAGUGGCUUGUUGCCACCGUAUUCCUAUUAAUCUAUUAUGUGAGACUAUGCCAUUUUGUGUUGCAGUGAUGUUAAGCUUUACCA